AUGAACGUCGUCGAAAUGAUUACAAUAAUCUUUCAUUCGAUGUACGACUUGACUGGAAUGCUGUUCAAUGUGUGCACUUCUCUAUCUGGUUAUCUUUCGGACACCAUCUCAAUUCAAGGUAUAUGCUAUUCUGAUUGGAAACUCGGCAGUCACGGACUUCUUUGCCUGCCUCACAACAUUUCUUACACAACAAAGGUAGUAUUGGUUCCAGUGGGGACAGGUCUAAUAUAUUUCUAUUAUGGGCCGUGCCGCAUAAUAGGAGCACAAUUCUGUUAUAUAACGUAUUGUGCAAUGUUAUCGUGCUGCAUUCACUCGCUAUACUCUCUGCUACUCUCUUUUUCCUUUAGAUAUUAUGUUUUGAGAUGGCAACACCCAUCAGCUGAGUCGCUGAAGCUUACUAUCUUCUUUAUUUCGACACCAUCGAUACUUGUAUUUGUACGUUCUUCACAAUUUCAUAUCAUUGGCUGUUUCGCAAAUGAGCCAGCAUCAGAGCUUCUUACGAUUUUGGCCAAAGAGCUGCCGUACUACGAUAUCGCUAAUGCAACAAUAGCUGGUCACACUAGCGUAUUCGAAUGGAAACUUUUAACAGGGAUUCUUCUGAUAGCUACGCCUAUUACGCCGAUCUUAGUCAGUACUCUAGUACUGAAAAGACAAAUAGUCGCACUGCUUUCGACGCACCCGCUGUCGGAGAAUACGAAGAUUUUACAUAAACAACUGCUGGAGGCGCUCACCUAUCAGGCUCUAUUACCUAGCCUGUUCUUCAUCAGUCUGCUGUGCUACUUGUGCAUUCAGUCUGGUCUGUACCGUCAUCCGAUCUUGGAGUCAUUCACGAUGAUUUUUAUCGGGUCUUUUCCUGUGCUAAGUCCACUGAUGAGCUUGUAUUUCAUCAAACCGUACAGAACGCAUAUAUCACAACAUCUUUUAAUUGCUUGUAGAAAGAAACGCGCUAUGGGCGAGACGAAUUCAAAGGUGCUCUCUGUCUCUGUUGUAGCGCAUUAA